AUGCUAAAGAAGAGUAACACUUCCGGAAAGUUCCCAGACUAUCCCACUGUGGAACAGGGAGGCUCAGACAUUAUCUUUGCUGAGAAAACACCAGACCAGCUAUUGGCGGAGAUUCUUGCUGAAGAGGAAGAGAAAGAAAAUCAGAAAGGAAAGAAAGGCAAUGUGAAAGAGGCGAAGAAAGAAAAGAAAGCGAAAAGUAAAGCAGAGCCUAAGCCGGAGGGACUUUCCUACUUCUUACCGGACAUCACAGAGGGAAACAAGAUCUAUACAGAUGUGUGGAGGGACCGGGAUGAAUCCACCAACCUCCGUCAGAAACACGAUGUGGAACUGGAGAAAGAGGAAAAAAGGAUGGAGGUGGAGAAAGAGAUUCGACUUCAGGUGGAUGAGCUGAUGAGAGAAGAGUUGAGGAAUUUGAGAAUGGCAGUUGAGCGGGAUUUCAGUGAACCUCCCAAAGCAAAAGCCAAACCCAAAAAGGCCAGAGGUAAAGAAAAAGGAUCAAAGAAGAAGGAAAAGGACUUCACAGCCAACAGGAGUUUGAACUCUCUGUGCGAUGAGUUGAUUGAACAGGGAUUGUUGAAGGCAGCCCCACAGGUUCCUUUGGCCAGUUAUUUAGGAGAUUUCAGUUACUUAGGGAGCACUCUCCUCCAUGCCAACAUCAACCCAAUGCCAUCGCUCUAUGAUAUCCGUCAGAUCAUCACCAUGUAUGCCAUCCUGCCGUUGGGCUCCCAGCCACUGCAUGAGAAAGCUCCCCUGGUGAAGUCCAUCCUUCUGGCUGGUCCCCAUGGAGUGGGCAAGAAGAUGUUGGUGCACAGUAUCUGCACAGAGACCUGUGCCACACUCUUUGAUUUGACAGCAAAGAACAUCGCGGGCAAGUACCCAGGAAAAGGUGGCCUGCAGAUGAUGCUGCACAUGGUCUUCAAGGUAGCGAAGCUCCUACAGCCCUCCAUCUUGUGGAUCGAUGAUGCUGAGAAAACUUUCAUGAAGAAAGUGCCGAAAGGGGAGAGAGCGUUGGAACCAAAACGUUUGAAGAAGAAUUUGCCAAAGUUGCUGAAACAGAUAAAAGCUGAGGACCGCGUCUUAUUGGUGGGAACAUCGAGCCGCCCAUUUGAUGCCGAAGCGAAACCGCUCUUUAAGGUUUAUGAUCGAAUCCUCCUGAUUCCACGAGCAGACUACGCCUCCCGUUAUCUGAUCUGGAAGAACCUCAUUGAGGAUCACGGCGGAGUUAUCAGCAAUACCCUGGACCUGACUUCAUUGGCUAAAAUCUCUGAUGGGUACACCCCUGGGCAUCUUGUUGAGGUGGUGAAGUCUGUGCUCACUGAGCACCGGAUCGAGCAACAGGCAAAGGUGCCCCUGACUGCCAACAAUUUCAUCAGGGCACUCAGCAAAAUCGAACCCAUCUACCAACAGGAAGAGACUGCUUUCAUGAAAGAGGUAAAAGAUGGUUACACCUUCUUCUGGAAAGGAAAGGCUGCUGAUGAGCUCAGAAUUCAUGGUGUUGGAUUCACAAUUAAAACCCAGCUCAUCAGUUGCCCCUCUGACCAUCCUGCAGGGAUCAAGAACCGACUCAUGACCAUCGCCUGA